CGAUCACCAGGGCCAGCCUCCCGACCCACCCAAGCAGAGCCGGUGACAAUAAGGUUAGCCUGCUGAGCUACGCAGCAGCCACAGAAAAACAGAAAAGCGCCACAGGCUAGACCUGUGGCUUGGAGACGAGACGCUUGGGAACGGCCUUCUGCAGAGAUGACAGGAGAUAUGGAAAGCCCAAGACGCCACGAGAAGUCCAACCAGGAGGGACACAUCUGGGGCUCCAUGAGGAGGACGGCUCUCAUCCUGGGCUCCGGGCUGCUCUUGUCUGUAGCCUUCUGGAACUCAGUCACAUGGCAUCUUCAGAGAUUUUGGGGUGCUUCUGGCUACUUUUGGCAGACCCAGUGGGAGAAACUGCUGUCCACAUUUGAAGGCAACGAGUGGAUCUUAUUCUUUAUAGGGGCUGCCCUCGUGCCUGCACUGUGCUUCUGGGGCUUCAAUGGCCUUCUACUGGUGGUGGACACAACAGGGAAACCCACAUUCAUCUCCCGCUACCGCAUCCAACUGGGCAAGAAUGAGCCGGUGGACCCCGUGAAGUUACGUCAGUCUAUCCGCGCAGUUCUUUUCAACCAGACUAUGAUUUCUCUUCCCAUGCUGGUCAUCUUCUAUCCUUUCUUCAAGUGGAGGCGAGACCCCUGCUGCCAAGAGCUGCCCACCUUCCACUGGUUCCUCGUGGAGUUGGCCUUUUUCACCCUUGUGGAGGAAAUCUUGUUCUACUACUCACACCGGCUCCUUCACCACCCAACGCUGUACAAGAAAAUUCACAAGAAACAUCAUGAAUGGACAGCACCCAUUGGUGUGAUCUCAAUCUAUGCCCACCCUAUAGAACACGUGGUUUCCAACAUGUUGCCAGUUAUGGUGGGUCCUCUAGCAAUGGGUUCUCAUCUGUCCUCCAUCACUGUGUGGUUGUCCCUUGCUCUCAUCAUCACCACUAUCUCGCACUGUGGUUACCAUCUGCCCUUCCUGCCUUCACCUGAGUUCCAUGACUACCACCAUCUCAAGUUCAACCAGUGCUAUGGGGUACUGGGAGUGCUGGAUCACCUGCAUGGGACUGACAUCAUCUUUAAGCAGACCAAGGCCUAUGAGAGACAUGUCCUCCUGCUCGGCUUCACCCCACUUUCAGAGAGCAUCCCGGAUCCACCCAAGAAGAUGGAGAAUUUGCUUGGACCAUCCCAACUGCUCCCUCACAAGUAGGUGUGGAGACUGCCUGGGGCCAUGCUGCCCUUAACACAAGCAGGUGUGGAGACUGCCUGGGGGCCAUGCUGCCCUUAACAACUUGCCUCCUUUGGCUGCCAUACUCUAAGGACUGCACCAUCAGGGCGCAGGAAAAAUACAAGCUUCCUGCCAGGACAAGGCCAUGAAAGGGUGGAUCUGAGCUUCCCCAAACUACUUCUCAUGUUACCUAGGGCCCAGGAGUUGACUUAGGGAAAAAACUAUUUGGGUUGGAGGCCAGUCAAAGGAAAGUCACCAUGAGCCUGGUGGUCUCCUUUGGUCCUCUGCUCCAAUCCCCAAACUUAGCUCCCCUGGGGAACAAUGGGCUGACAGUAGGACUGGAAGAUUCCUGAUUCAAAAAACUUUCUUCUGCCCAAAACCGGGCGUCCUGGAGUAGUCACAGGUCAGAUGUGCUGACAUGCUCGACGCGGUCCCUGCUUCCCACCAUGAGAGCAUCAGACACUUUUGCCCUCCAAAGAUACAAACCGCUUAGAAGGGACAACAGCCCGCAAGAGCUUCUCAACGUGACGUGCACCCCAGCCCGUGCCUUAACCUGUUUGUAAACUGAGGCUGAUCUCAUGUGGGAGAGGACCCAAGUCAGUGUUCUCUAAUCCCCCAAAAUACCUUCCCCCCCAGCAAUUACCCUGAGAACACAUGGUCCAAUUUUUAAACGGUAAAUCAACAGUGAGCUAUAGCAGCAGGGUUUCUCCUGACAGUUCAUGACUGGGAACCCUGGGAUCCCAAGAACUUGGCAAAUGUUAAGUUGGAUCUGGAAGGCUGCCACCAUUACCAUUUGUUAAAUGUAAGCACAACUGUGCCAAUCUUACAUAUUCAGUUCAAGGUUAGUCAAGACUCCUUAUUGUAGAUUAAAUAAAAUACUUAAAAAAAAAAAACCCACACAGCUCAUUACAGCGGUUUGCACUGUAGUUCACAGCUGCUCUGGAGAUUUAGGUCCAGUUCAGAGCCAGCCUAGACAAAAGCAGCAAAACGUCAAUUCUCCAAAACAGGGCUUCAUCCCAUGAUGCUGAGGCCAACACAAGACUGGGCCAGCUGGCAACUUAGCACUUUGCCAGCAGUCCCAGCCUCCUCUGGCCUUGGUAACCUGUGCUUUUGGAUUCCUUCAAAUACAAACCCACUCCUCCACUUUACCCCCAUAGCUGGAUGACAGCCAAUCCCUUUCUCAUGAUCAAUAAAUACUCUCUGUAGUAUCAUCAAAAGGGGCAGGCCAAUUACAAAAUGGAGAUGACGAAGUACUUUCAAGGGUAUAUGGCCUGUCUCCAUAAGGCCCUAAUAUUGGUGAAUAAGGUCUUAAAUUCUUCAUAAAAGCAUGACAAAGCAUGUAAAUAAAGUCUAUAAACUCUUAA